AUGUCUGAUAUAAUACAAUUCGAUUAUAAAGAUCAUUGGAAAGAAAAAGAAAUUACUCUUCAGAGAACAAACAGUGCCCAUGAAUCAUUAGGGUUCACUAUUGCAGGAGGGAUUGAUUUACCUUUUAUGAAUCAUCAUUUUACAUCUAUUAUUGUUACGAAUAUUACUGGAAAUGGUCUUGCAUAUAGAAAUAAACAAUUAAAAUUAUAUGAUAUAAUAUUACGUGUGAAUAAUUUCGAUUUUACUAAUAUAAAACAUCAAAAAGCUGUUGAUAUUUUGAGAGCAUCAGGACAUAAAAUCCAAUUGUUGAUCCGACGUCUCGCACCGUUGUAUAGUGAAGAGAUUGAAUUGAUGCAUAAUGGAAAAUUAAAUAUUUAUAUUAAUGGUGGAAUUGGAAAUGAAUAUUUUACAAACGAUCAUGGCAUAUUUAUAACAGACAUAAGUAAACAUCAGACUAAUAAACAGCUAGACAUCGGUGAUCGAUUAUUACAAAUCUCCUCCACGUCGAAUACGUACGAUUUACGAUUUGUUACAUUAGAAUAUGCCAAAAAAUAUAUACAAUUAGCCUGUAUAGAAAGUCAAACGAUUAAACUAUAUGUUGGACAUGCAAGACUCACUGAAAGAACUGUUUUACAUCAAGAACAAUAUGAUCCAUUUGGCUCAAAUGAUGAAAGUAGCGUAAAUAAUACUGAUCCAAAUGCUGGUAUCAACCAGAAAAUUGCAGAGGAAUUGAAACUUAAACAAGCAACGAUCCGCGACGCUCAUGAAGAAAGGAUACGACGUCAACAAAGUAGAAUGGAUCAAAUAGCACGUAUUAAUAGUGGUAGAACAGGUGGAGCAUUACGACAUUCACAAACUCGAGAGAACAAUAUGUAUUUUAUUAUCAUUUUAUCAAUUAUCAGUGGAAUAACAGCACUUUCGUAUAAUUUACCAAAAUUUUGUCCCAAUGCAACUUGGUAUGAAAACUCAACAAUAUUUCCAAAUGGUAGUACUAAUGAUUACAAAGCCUUUGGUCUAUUCAUAAACACUAACAAUACUAUUUAUAUAAAUAGUCAAUCUGAUGGUAAAGUUAUUAUGUGGUUGAGAGGAGCUGUUACUCCCACGAAUACUAUUUUCAGUUAUUUGGUCAAUGCAUUUUCCAUCUUUAUUACUGAAACUGGGAUUAUCUAUGCUGAUCAAGGUAACGACCAUCAAGUGAUGAAGGCAGUAAUAAAUUCAAGCAACGAAACAGUUGUAAUGAACACUACAGCAGCAUGUACUGGACUUUUCAUUGAUACAAAUAAUGUUCUUUAUUGUUCAAUGUAUUCCAGUAAUAGAGUAAUAGCAAACUCACUAAACAAUAUAUCGAGUACAGUUAACACCGUUGCUGGAAAUGGCUAUCAAGACUCAAAUUCGAUGACACUUUCUGGUCCACAUGGUAUAUUUGUUGAUGAUAAUUUUCGAUUAUAUGUAGCUGAUUGUAAUAAUAACAGAAUACAACGUUUCGAUUCGGGAUCAUUGAAUGGAACAACAAUAGUCAAAAAUGGAACAUCAACAACAGUUUCACUUGAUCAACCAACUGGAAUUGUACUUGAUGCUGAUGGUAAUCUAUUCAUUGCGGAUAGAGGUGGAAAUCGUAUUGUUCGAUUUGAAUAUAAUGGCACAUUGCUAUGUAUUAUUGGAUGUACUGUUAAUACGAUAUUAAAGUAUCCAGAAACAAUGAGUUUUGAUAGUAAUGGUAAUAUAUAUGUUACUGGUCGAGAAAAUAAAGGAAUUCAAAAAUUUGCUCUUGCAACAAAUUCCUGCAAUACACCAUCAAUAACAACAAUUCUACAAUCAAGUACAGUUCCAACAAAUAUUCAAACAACAAUCACAAAUCAAUCAUAUCACUCGACAGAAAUUAUGCAAUCAAGUCUUUUCGUAACAACCAUUCACGUAACAGCACCGACACUUUUGUUUAUUGCGCCGACUUGUUCGAAUCAGACGUAUACUGGUAUUCACUGUAAUAUAUCUGCAACACCAUGUGAUCUUUCAAAUCUCUGUCAAAAUAAUGCAACUUGUCAAAAUAUAAAUACAACUUACCGUUGUAAUUGUUUACUUGGUUUUAAUGGAACAGAAUGUCAAUUUGAUCAACGACCAUGUCAACCAAAUAGAUGUUGGAAUAAUGGAACAUGUAAUAAAUUGACAAAUGAAACAUUUAAUUGUACAUGUGCAUCGAAUUGGGCAGGGAUUUAUUGUGAAAGAAUGAUUAAUUAUUGUGAAAAUGUGAGUUGUGAAAAUGAAGGUGUCUGUCGACCAUUAUUAGGUGAUUAUCGAUGUGAAUGUCUUGAUGAAAAUUAUUCGGGUCGUCAUUGUGAAAUUUCAUCCGAAUCAAUUCUUGUUCAUAAAAUAGUUUCGAAAUUAUUUGCUGUAAUUGCUAUUCUAGCUAUAGCAGUUGUUAUUGCUUGUGUUAUUAUUAUGGAUAUAUUAAAAUAUUGCUUUAACAUUGAUCCAGUACGGAAUUAUAAAUCAAAAUCAGUUCAAAAAAAGAAACGUCAACGUCCUGUGAUUAUCAGACAUAUUUACAAAAAUGCACGAUCGAUUGUUUAA